ACAGCGGCCCGACUCGAGAACAUGCCACCGGCAGCCGGUUCUGGCGCGCGCAAGGGACAGGCGGCGGCAGGGACUCGCCGCGGUGGACGGCUCGACGGUGCUGGUCAGCAGCGGAAGGGCGGCCCGGCAAGGGGGGACGGCCCGCAGGCAGGCGGUGGCCAACGAGCGCUGCAGGACCCGGACGCGGAGGACACGAAUGCCGGAUUUGGCAAAUACUUGAGAUCGGAGGAAGGUAUCGAAAUGAUGAAGCUGUUCGUAAUCGCCAACACGGUCGUGGUUUUUAUGACGAUAGCCUGGCCGCAGAUGCAGCAAUCCUACCAAAUUCUGCGCUCGCUCAUCUUCGCCGAGGACGACGACGCUGAGGACGAGCUGUAGAGCGCGCUCUGUGGGUGUGAAUGUUUUUCGUAGUGCGGUGUUAAGCGAAACCUGGAAACCAAAACCGUUUGGGGUCAAGUGAAGCGCAAAAGACAUUACCGGGGACGAUAGUUAGUGGAUUUUGAUACACAUAACACAUUAGAACUA